AUGUGCAGGGAGUGGAUGAAGCAAAACACAGAUCAGUUUCAGGUUGUUGGUCUGGAUGGUCCUCUUGUUGUUAGGCCUGGUGAAGAUGUGAUUCUGCCCUGUUCUCUCAAACCCAGCAUCAGUGCUAUGGAUAUGACAGUGGAGUGGUUUAGACUCCAUACAUCAGACUCACUGGUGCAUUUAUAUGAAAAUGGUGUCGACAAUAACAAAAAGCAGAUUCAGUCUUACAAAGGGAGGACAUCACUGUUUAAAGAGGAACUACAGAAAGGCAACACUUCAUUAAAACUCUCCAGAGUGAAAGUCUCUGAUGAAGGAGAAUACAAAUGUUAUAUUCAAACAGAAGACUGGUCUGAUGAUAUUACUAUUCAAGUCAAUGUUGAAGCUGUGGGAACCCAGCCAGUGAUCUCUAUGGAGAGCUACAGUAUUGGUAAAGGGGUCAGUCUACUGUGUGAAUCAAAUAACUGGUGCCCCGAACCUGAAGUUGUGUGGCUGGACAAUGAUAAAAAAUUUCUCCCUGCUGAAGAUACAGAGACACUCAGAGACCCAGAAGGAUUCCAUGUUAAAAAACGUGUCACUGUACAGGACAGUAACAUCAACAGAUUCUCCUGCAGAGUAAUGCUGAGAGAUCAUAUGAAGGAGGCAGAGAUUGUUAUAUCAACUCAUCCUAGACUCAUCCUGUCUGAGGAUGGGAAACAAGUGAAAGAUGGAGAGACACAAACAGCCCAUCCUGACAAACAAGAGAAGUUAAAUUAUAAUCUUGGUGUCCUGGGAAAGGAGGGAUUCUCCUCAGGGAGAUUUUACUAUGAAGUGCAGGUCAGUGGGAAAACUGAGUGGGAAUUAGGAGUGGCCAAAAAAUCCAUCGGUGGGGAGGGACAACUUACCCUGAGCCCUGAGAAUGGAUACUGGACUGUGAAGCUAGGUGCCAACUGGAGAUAUUUGGCUCUAGAUUCUCCCACUGUUCAGCUCUCCCUAAGGCCAGAGAUCCAGAAGGUGGGGGUGUUUGUGGAUUAUGAAGAUGGUCUGGUCUCUUUUUAUGAUGUGGAGGCCAGUUGUCUUAUUUACACUUUCAUUUGUAAGUCUUUUCCGGAGAAACUCUAUCCAUAUUUCAACCCCUGUGAAAGCUGGAAUUUUAACCAGGAUCCUCUGAUUAUCACUCCUGUCAAUCACACUGGAUGA